GCCACUUACUCGGACUACGUGUUCUUAUGCCACGCUACAUAUUUUCUAUUUCAGAACUUAAAAUGGUAUUUGCCACAUUGCUAUUCAACUUAUUUCUAUUAAUAUCAGCAGACUUGGAUCAGGGCUAUGGAUUCCAAACCGGUCAUAUAUCCAUGAAUGAUUCAGAAAUUACUAUACUGAUAAAUUCAACGUUCGAGAUUAUUGAAGAUUUUGAUAAUGAAACCGAAAUUUCUUUAUCAAAAUCUACUGAAUCAUCAGAAACACCAUCCACAACACCUCUUCCGCCCUUGAAUAUUACAGAGAAAUCAGUAAAGCUUCCAGUUCGAAUGAAAAAACUCCGUCCAUCCACCAAUGUUCAAUGUCAAAAGUACACGGAAGCUGAGAAAUACAAACUUCUUGAAGAUGCUGGUGGUAGGAAUCAGCUGUUUAUGGCAGAUUCAGUUGAUGAAGCAUCACAGAACUUUGCCGAGUCUUACACACCAAAUCCACUUGGGAAUACACUUGGAGAUGCGGUAUUUGUUGCACAUUUUCAGCAGACCAAUCCGUGUGAUUCAAGAUGUCAAAUGAUAAAAGCAGCGUUGAAUGGUGAAAUAUCUCGUCGUUCAUCUUCUCCAUCAAAUAAUACAACAAAUCCAUUCGUCCGUGUUUUUGGACGCCUUCGUGCAUCUGUAUUCAGUGAUGCUCAUCCUACUGUACCUGGUAAUUGUGCACUCGGAAACUUCAUCCCUGUCGGAACAUGUUCUGACCUUGGAGAAACUAUUGAUGGAGGCACACACGAAUCGUUGUGCUCUGAAUGCAGAGGGCUGUACAUGCUCGGUGCUAAUUGUUUUCCGAAGAUUUUCAACACAGUUCAAUGUAAUUCACAGGAAAUGGGAUGUAUUUUUGACACGUUCACUGAUAAAGCUCAUGGUCAAUGUGGCAUUCAGACCCUCUCAUUCAAAGUUCUACGAAACACAGGGGAUGAUAAUUGUGAGGAUUGGAUUGUUGAACAAAUCCAGCUCCCUGUUGCCUGUCAAUGCUCACUGAGCAAAAGCUCAUUUCUUCGAGCCAAGCCGAGUAAAGAGCUGUAGCGCUUAAGAUGUUAAAUUACAAUUCUUCGUUCACAUUCCAAACCAUUUCUGUAUACCGGGUUUCUAAUCCUGAAAGAUGGAAUAAAAACGUGAAAAGAAC